AUGAAUCCUUCUGAAGCUCCCCCUGUUCAACAACUUUCAGAUGCAAUUAUUACUGGUAUCAAAAAUGAUGACCCUUCUGUAAUAGAUAUAUCAGUAUUUGAAAGGAACGAUUCGAUAAAAAUGACGAGCUAUGAGUACAAUAUCAUCAAAUACGAUGCUAUUAAAUGCAUGUCGAAGGUUAAAAACUAUAUCGUUAGGCAUUCAAUAAAUUCUGCCGCUUUUCAACUUUGUAUUUCAAAAAGAAUGUCCUAUCUUCUUUUAGACUGCCAUGGAGUUAGUUAUUGGGGAUAUCCUGUUACUUUUGAUACCCUUAUUGACUUAAAGAAAAACACAAAUGUUAAUUUUGGUCCAGAAUUUUACCUUACGGAGCUUUCUUUCUUGAUUUCUCAAAACGACAUUAGAGGUGUAUCUUAUAUUCUUGAUACUAUUGCUUCUUUUAUGGAUAUUUCAGGCUCUCUUUCACAAAAUAUCAAAGACAUUUCUCCUGAUAUGUUUUUAUACUUACUUUCAAGAGGUAUCCACAAUGGUCCACCUGUUGUUCCUUCAUCCUUCUUAGAACAAAACUUAAUUGAUUUAAUCGACAAAUUAAUCAACGAAUACCACUUUAUUCUUGACUUCAGUGCCCUUGGAAUGAAGUCAAUUAGUAAUAUGAUCAAAAACAACGCGUUCGAAGCUACAAAAAUGGUAAUUCAAUACGGAGCUGCAGAUAAGUACAUUUCUGCCAUUCUAAACGAAUGUGCGUUGUUUAACUGUGAUGAGAUGCUUCAGAUGGUCAUAAACGAAGCAAGCAGUAAGUUUUCGCCCGGAUGUGCAAAUAAAUCUUUGAUUUCGGCCGCAAAGCUCGGGAGAACCUCCAUAUUUAGAAAGCUUCUCAUUCCAUCUGCGAUAGACCUAAAGACGGUCGAAGAAGCAAGAAAAGAAGCUUUGGAUGGAGGAUUUGUCGAUAUCGUGAAGAUUAUUGAUACAGAGCUUCCAGAAGGAAUUCCAGAAGAAACAUUUAAGUUCGGCGGUGAAUCUGAUGGCGAAUACGGCUCGAAAUUGAUAAAUUCAGAAAUGGAUUCAAAUUCAAACAUUUCAAGAAGAAUGAUGCAGAUGGGUGAUGAAGCCCCUGAUGAUCUGGACAACCUUGACUUCAAUGAUGAAGGUUACCAGAUGGAAAACGUCGCAUUUGCAAAUGGAAACUUUGGUCAGCCUCCUUUUGGAAAUGGAGACUUCAGACAACAGCCAUUUGGAAAUGGACAGAUGGGUAACAUGCCUCAGAUGUCAUUUAACCCUGGAAAUGCUGGAAAUGACUUGGAUAAUCUCGAAUUCGAGAAAAGUGACGAUGAUGACCUUAUUAUUCAUGAUGAUGAGUUGUAA